AUGAGAACUGGUAUCCAGCUGGAAGGAGCUGGAGCUCUGGGAUCCAGAGCUGUGGGAGCUGGAGCUCUGGGAUCUGGGUGCUGGAGCCGUUGGAAUCGGAGAAUCGGAGCUGGUGGAGGUGGAAUCGGAGAUGGUCAGGGUGAAAUCGGAGGAUCGGAGCUGGUGGAGAUGGAUUCGGAGGAUCGGAGCCAGUGGAAUUGGAUAAUCGGAGCUGGUGGAGGUGGAAUCGGAGAUGGUCAAGGUGGAAUCGGAGAUGGUCAAGGUGGAAUCGGAGGAUCGGAGCUGGUGGAGGUGGAAUCGGAGAUGGUCAAGGUGGAAUCGGAGGAUCGGAGCUGGUGGAGGUGGAAUCGGAGAUGGUCAAGGUGGAAUCGGAGGAUCGGAGCUGGUGGAGGUGGAAUCGGAGAUGGACAAGGUGGAAUCGGAGGAUCGGAGCUGGUCAAGGUGGAAUCGGAGAUGGUCAAGGUGGAAUCUGAGGAUCAGAGCUGGUGGAGGUGGAAUCGGAGAUGGUCAAGGUGGAAUCGGAGGAUCGGAGCUGGUGGAGGUGGAAUCGGAGAUGGUCAAGGUGGAAUCGGAGAUGGACAAGGUGGAAUCGGAGGAUCGGAGCUGGUGGAGGUGGAAUCGGAGAUGGUCAAGGUGGAAUCGGAGGAUCGGAGCUGGUGGAGGUGGAAUCGGAGAUGGUCAAGGUGGAAUCGGAGGAUCGGAGCUGGUGGAGGUGGAAUCGGAGAUGGUCAAGGUGGAAUCGGAGGAUCGGAGCUGGUGAAGGUGGAAUCGGAGAUGGUCAAGGUGGAAUCGGAGAUGGACAAGGUGGAAUCGGAGGAUCGGAGCUGGUGGAGGUGGAAUCGGAGAUGGUCAAGGUGGAAUCGGAGGAUCGGAGCUGGUGGAGGUGGAAUCGGAGAUGGUCAAGGUGAAAUCGGAGGAUCGGAGCUGGUGGAGAUGGAAUCGGAGAUGGUCAAGGUGGAAUCGGACGAUCGGAGCUGGUGGAGGUGGAAUCGGAGAUGGUCGAUUUGGAAUCGGACGAUCGGAGCUGGUGGAGGUGGAAUCGGACGAUCGGAGCUGGUGGAGGUGGAAUCGCAGCUGGUCGAGGUGGAUUCGGAAAAUAUAAUGGAUUCAACAUCUCUGCUCAAUUAA